AUGGAUGCUGCCCUGUAUUAUUAUGACAACCCUGAUUAUUCUUACUCUUCUUUCCCAAAUGACAGUUUAAAUUAUGAGAAUAUUUCAGAAGAUAUUUCAUCUCAUAAUGCCACAGAUAAUGGAAGAGAAGCGAGUAUUAAUGACGAUGUAGUUACCUCCAUAUUGGUCAUCAGCAUUUUCGGAGUCCUGGGGAAUGGAAUUGUCAUCCGGCUUCUUGGCUUCCAUACUAAAAGGAAUCCCUUCAGCACCUACAUCCUGAACGACACUGAAUUAGGAACUCAUGAAUACACAUUAAAUAACUCAACGAACAUCCCAGAUUUUAUCGUCACCUCUCAUUUCAGUCUAAUUACCUGUAUCCUCGUAUUUCCAAUCUGCAUAGCUGGAAUUGUGGGGAAUGGUAUUGUCAUUUGGCUUCUAGGCUUCUGUAUGAAGAGGAAUCCCUUCACAACCUACGUGUUGAACUUGGCUAUUGCCGAUACUGGGGUCCUUAUAACCAGCAUUUUGGGAUAUAUAGUUGUAACAUUAAUUUUGUGUGCAGCCUUUCCUCUAUUGGGAUUUUACAUCUAUUUUUGGACAUGGUCCUUUAUGUACAGCACUGAUCAGCUUCUCCUGACCAUCAUCAGUGUCGAUAGGUGUGUGGCUGUCCUCUUCCCACUUUGGCAUCGAUGCCACCGGCCGCCACACCUGUCCAGACUGGUUUGUGUCUCCAUAUGGGUCCUCUCCUUCCUGAUUGCUGUAUUGGACCUCUUUCUCGCUUUUGUAAAUGAUUUCAUUUUGCUCCAAUUUAUUCUGAACGUUGCAAUAUGUACCCCAAUCAUGGCUAUCUCCACGAUCAUUUUGUUUGUGAAAAUCCGUACUCAGCAGCGUAAGCAAGGAAGGCUUUUACCAGUCAUUUCCUUGGCUCUCUUUUUGUUUCUUCUCUUCGGUUUCCCUGUGAAUUACGGUACUAUUGUCUUAUACCUUUUGGAUGAACUUGAGAUAAACUCAAUGUUCAGUGAUGCCUUUGGUUACACAAAAUUAAAUCAGGUUAUGAUCGCUUGGAUGGUUGCUUUUGCGUGUGCAAUUCUCAGUUGCAGUGUCAACCCUUUGAUCUAUUUCUUAAUGGGGAGAAAGAAGACGGGCCAACUUAGGAAGUCCAUGAAAGGUAUCCUCCAGAGUAUCUUUAAAGAUGAGGAAAACAGCAGAGGUCAAGAAGGACCCCACUCUGAAACCCAAUUCUGA